AUGACAUUUAUUGAGCUUUCUGUUUUAGAUCCUCCCAGAAGCGUCUCAGUGUUCAUAACUGGAUCUGGUGAAAUAGUGUCAGGAGAUUCAGUGACUCUGAACUGCAGCAGUGAUUCAAACCCUCCUGCUCUGAACUUCAGCUGGUUUAAAGGAGGAAUGUUUGUAGGAUCUGGAAGAAUCUUCAACAUCUCAAAGAUCAGCUCUGAUGACAGUGGAGAAUACAAGUGCAGAUCCAAAAAUCAACAUGGAGAGAAAUACUCUGAUGCUGUGACUUUAAACAUCAUGUAUCCUCCCAGGAAUGUCUCGGUGUUGAUAAACAGAUCUGGUGAAAUAGUGUCAGGAGAUUCAGUGACUCUGAUCUGCAGCAGUGAUUCAAACCCUCCUGCAGAAAUCAGCUGGUUUAAAGGAGGAAUGUUUGUAGGAUCUGGAAGAAUCUUCAACAUCUCAAAGAUCAGCUCUGAUGACAGUGGAGAAUAUCAGUGCAAUUCCAGAAAUCAACAUGGAGAGAAAUACUCCGCUGUGAAUUUAACCAUAAUGUACCCUCCAAAGAGCGUCUUGGUGUCCUUCAGUCCAUCUGGUGAAAUAGUGUCAGGAGAUUCAGUGACUCUGAACUGCAGCAGUGAUUCAAACCCUCCUGCAGAAAUCAGCUGGUUUAAAGGAGGAACGUUUGUAGGAUCUGGAAGAAUCUACAGCAUCUCAAAGAUCAGCUCUGAUGACAAUGGAGAAUACAAGUGCAGAUCCAUCAAUGAUCAUGGAGAGAAAUACUCUGAUGCUGUGACUUUAAACGUCAUGUACCCUCCAAAGAGUGUCUCAGUGUCCAUCAGUCCAUCUGGUGAAAUAGUGUCAGGAGAUUCAGUGACUCUGAACUGCAGCAGUGAUUCAAACCCUCCUGCAGAAAUCAGCUGGUUUAAAGGAGGAAAGUUUGUAGGAUCUGCAAGAAUCUUCAACAUCUCAAAGAUCAGCUCAGAUGACAGUGGAGAAUACAAGUGCAGAUCCAAAAAUCAACAUGGAGAGAAAUACUCUGAUGCUGUGACUUUAAAUGUCAUGUAUCCUCCCAGAAGCGUCUCAGUGUUCAUAACUGGAUCUGGUGAAAUAGUGUCAGGAGAUACAGUGACUCUGAUCUGCAGCAGUGAUUCAAACCCUCCUGCUCUGAACUUCAGCUGGUUUAAAGGAGGAAUGUUUGUAGGAUCUGGAAGAAUCUUCAACAUCUCAAAGAUCAGCUCUGAUGACAGUGGAGAAUACAAGUGCAGAUCCAAAAAUCAACAUGGAGAGAAAUACUCUGAUGCUGUGACUUUAAACAUCAUGUAUCCUCCCAGGAAUGUCUCGGUGUUGAUAAACAGAUCUGGUGAAAUAGUGUCAGGAGAUUCAGUGACUCUGAUCUGCAGCAGUGAUUCAAACCCUCCUGCUCUGAACUUCAGCUGGUUUAAAGGAGGAAUGUUUGUAGGAUCUGGAAGAAUCUUCAACAUCUCAAAGAUCAGCUCUGAUGACAGUGGAGAAUACAAGUGCAGAUCCAAAAAUCAACAUGGAGAGAAAUACUCUGAUGCUGUGACUUUAAACAUCAUGUAUCCUCCCAGGAAUGUCUCGGUGUUGAUAAACAGAUCUGGUGAAAUAGUGUCAGGAGAUUCAGUGACUCUGAUCUGCAGCAGUGAUUCAAACCCUCCUGCAGAAAUCAGCUGGUUUAAAGGAGGAAUGUUUGUAGGAUCUGGAAGAAUCUUCAACAUCUCAAAGAUCAGCUCUGAUGACAGUGGAGAAUAUCAGUGCAAUUCCAGAAAUCAACAUGGAGAGAAAUACUCCGCUGUGAAUUUAACCAUAAUGUACCCUCCAAAGAGCGUCUUGGUGUCCAUCAGUCCAUCUGGUGAAAUAGUGUCAGGAGAUUCAGUGACUCUGAACUGCAGCAGUGAUUCAAACCCUCCUGCAGAAAUCAGCUGGUUUAAAGGAGGAACGUUUGUAGGAUCUGGAAGAAUCUACAGCAUCUCAAAGAUCAGCUCUGAUGACAAUGGAGAAUACAAGUGCAGAUCCAUCAAUGAACAUGGAGAGAAAUACUCUGAUGCUGUGACUUUAAACGUCAUGUAUCCUCCCAGGAAUGUCUCGGUGUUGAUAAACAGAUCUGGUGAAAUAGUGUCAGGAGAUUCAGUGACUCUGAUCUGCAGCAGUGAUUCAAACCCUCCUGCAGAAAUCAGCUGGUUUAAAGGAGGAAUGUUUGUAGGAUCUGGAAGAAUCUUCAACAUCUCAAAGAUCAGCUCUGAUGACAGUGGAGAAUAUCAGUGCAAUUCCAGAAAUCAACAUGGAGAGAAAUACUCCGCUGUGAAUUUAACCAUAAUGUACCCUCCAAAGAGCGUCUUGGUGUCCAUCAGUCCAUCUGGUGAAAUAGUGUCAGGAGAUUCAGUGACUCUGAACUGCAGCAGUGAUUCAAACCCUCCUGCAGAAAUCAGCUGGUUUAAAGGAGGAACGUUUGUAGGAUCUGGAAGAAUCUACAGCAUCUCAAAGAUCAGCUCUGAUGACAAUGGAGAAUACAAGUGCAGAUCCAUCAAUGAACAUGGAGAGAAAUACUCUGAUGCUGUGACUUUAAACGUCAUGUAUCCUCCCAGGAGCGUCUCAGUGUUGAUAACUGGAUCUGGUGAAAUAGUGUCAGGAGAUUCAGUGACUCUGAUCUGCAGCAGUGAUUCAAACCCUCCUGCUCUGAACUUCAGCUGGUUUAAGGAGAAUGAAAGCUCAGCUGUUGGAUCUGGACAGAGUUUCAGUGCACUACAGAGUGGACGCUUCUACUGUCAGGCUCACAAUCAACAUGGAUCUCAGAGAUCAGAUGCUGUAACUGUCACAGUUCAUCAUGGUGCUGGUAGGAAUGUGAUUGUGAUCGCAGUGACAUCUGGAGGAUUAUUCAUCAGCGUCAUCAUCAUCAUCAUCAUCAUCAUCAUCCUGUUUAUAAUGAGGAAACGAAGGGAUGGUCAAACUAAAAAACAGAUCUCUGAUCCCAAUGAAGACACAUAUACAGCUCUUGAGCUCAAGUCCAUGACCUCUGACCUGUACGACACACUCACAGUAAAGAUCUCUGAUCCCAAUGAAGACACAUAUACAGCUCUUGAGCUCAAGUCCACGACCUCUGACCUGUACGACACACUCACAACGGUUCAUCCCAGAGCUCCUGAAGACUCCUGCAGGACUCUUGAUCCUCAGAGCUUUUCUAAACAUGAGAAUCCAUCAAUCAACAGGAAGAUGCUGCAGUAAGAGGCGGAGCAUGAAGAAACCAAUCCUGAGCUCUGUGGGCGGAGCCACAUGUGAUUGACAGGAUCAUCAGUGAUGAGUCACACAAGAGUUUCAUUUCUGUAUAGUUGAAGAAACAUGAUAUAACAGAGGAAAUGAAAUGAAAGUUAAAAGUUUGUUAUUGUGUAAAUAUAAAUGUUAAAAUUAAUUCACAGAGCAAAACACAAGUGAUGUUCAGCAAACAAGCCAUGCUUUUCAUUUUACAACAUUUUCCUGCUUUUAAAUCAUAGUUGAUUAUUUUACCCUGAUAUACUGAACAAAAUCAUAAUUGUGUGCAUUCAUAAAGGAAUAUGUUGUUUUUUGCUCUCAAAGUGCUCAAUAUUAUCAGCUUCUGUUAUUCUGGCUCUUGUGUUCCCUUUAAAUGUUCAGUUUUAUUUGUAAUAUUCAGUUUUAUUUGUAAUAUGUGCUUGUACAAACGUUAUGGGCUGCAGUAUUGAUGUAUCGAUACUCACAAGCUACUUAUUGGGUUUCGAUUCCAUUAAAAAAAUAUUACAAAUUACAAAA